AUGGGAACUUUUGGCAACGACGCCUCAAUUGAGGGAGAUGUUUACCUCCAGAAACUAGCGACCUACAUUCGAAGAAAUGAAGAAGGGCUUGCCAAUGGUCUUCUUUGUUUUUCCAAAGUGAAAACUCCGAACAAGGUGAAACCGCUCCGACCCAGUUUCACCAUCCACCAUCUUUACUACCUCACUGAUCGCAUUGAAAACUCCUCUUUAGGUGUUGAUGUCGGGCCCUUGAACAUCAAAUUGGACACACCAAACCAUGAACCGACCUUCAUUUCGUUCAUGGCCAAUAAUGCUCGGAACCUGCGGCAUUUUGACAGUGAUGCGCGGUCCAUCUCUUCAAUCAGCUCGGUGAAAUCCAUUGUAUCGAGUGCAUCUGUCUACUGGCGCUCUUUGGCAUUCAGUAAAGAUCCCAAAGUGAUCCAAAAGGACCUCAAAUACCUUUACUCAUCCUUUACGAAAAUUCCAUGUUUGAUCUUGAACCCAAAGACGAAAAUCAACAGUAUUUCGGGCUACGAGGAAUUCCCUUGUGAUACAUCGGUGCCUUUGAAAAUGUUUAAGAACCUUCAGGUAUUAGAGCUUGUGGAAUAUGAGCCUAACGAAGUGUUUGGCUGGCACAUUUUGAGCGAACAGCUUCGAAUCUUGAUCAUUCGGAACUCUAAAGUGAGUGAUAUCACGGAAAUUUUGUUCUCGUUGGUGGUUGACGAUGAAAACGGCAGGUCCGCAUUUAACAAUUCCCGCCAAACGAAGAAGCACGAGCACGACGAACAUGGAAACAACAAGUAUGCGCGUCGUGAUCGUGCCAUGACAUCAAUGGCAUAUCCCAGCUCUAGAGACCAACAUUUACCGGAUACACGAACAAAUACAAGUUCCUUUACAGCUUCAGGCUCUGAAAGAUACCAUGUUAUGUUGCCGGACAAUAAAUGGUUUUAUUUGAAACAGUUAACGGUGUGCGAAAGCUCAAUCUCGUCCAUCCCAAGCUUUGCAUUUAAACCUUUGCACAAUCUUGUUAAGCUCAAUCUUUCGAACAAUUUGCUUGAAGAUCUACCGGAUGGUCUAGACCAGCUUGUCAAUGUCAAGUACAUGAACUUUGCUGAUAAUUACAUCACUUCCUUGAGGAAGCUACCGUCCAACUUGAAACAUCUUACUACUCUCAAUUUCAACAACAAUAAGAUCACAAACAUCGAAGGUCUUGAGAAGUUACGGAAUGUUGACAAAAUCGAUUUGCGCCGUAAUAAACUUUCAAGCAUGUCUCUGUUACGACCCAUUUUGAUGCAAAUCGUCAAUGAGGAUUCCGUGCUUAGUAACAUUUUUAUUUCUGGCAACCAAUUGCCUAAGACUUACCGAGUUGAUCUUUUCAACUUGAUGAAUGGUGCAAAACCUAAAAACAUGAUAAAGAUCGAUGACUCUCGUCCUGGAUACUUUGAGAAUGCAAUGCUUCUUGAUGCUGAAGGUGCUAAGAAGUGCUACGAAAAGUUCAUGAAUAUUGAGACACACGACGCACCAAUAUCACCAGCUCAAGAAAAUAUUGUUUCUGUUCCUUUGCCAAAAUCACCCGAGAAAAGACACAGAAGAGUCAAAUCCGGUAGUAGUGUUGAUGAAAUUACUCCAAAAGUUGCAUCUAUGCAUUUGCAAGAAUUGGAGAAUUCAAUUUCCAGAAAACAUGCAAGCGUUAUGACUACGGCAUCGACGACAAGUACCGUCAAGUCUCCAACUAAAGCACCCGCUGUAGGUGCCACCCGAGGAAGCAUAUCUCCUAGUCCAUCCAUGCUCCUCCCCAAGCUGGUGUCGAAGCUGGGUCCACUUCCUCUUCUUCCCAACCAGAACUUGGGCAAUCAUGCUAAUUUUGGCAACACCAAGAUACCUUCUAUAACCAGACAGUCAUUCCAUACUCCAAUGAUUAAUCAAAAUAUGAAUGGAUCGUCAUCCACAUUAAAGAGCUCAAGCACCAUGACACGUCUUGAUUUGGACUCUACGUCAAUUCAGAACCCUGCCCCGAGUGUCAUAACAGCAGUACAGGUGCAAGUGGAAGGAUUCCAAUAA